AUGCGUUUCUUCGCUGCUCUUCUCGCCAUCGCUGCGCUCGCCGUCGCCGAACCCGCCAACACCGUCACCGGCGCAUGCUCGCCCACAGCCAGCGUGUACACGUUCACAUUCACGACCCCCACAUAUUCGGUGAUGACCUUAACGGACUCCCCGUGCCGCGUGUUGGCAGGCCGCGGUGCGGUUGCACGGGAUCCGCCCUCGCCAGCAGACUCAGUCGACAUGCAGUUGUUCAUCGCGCUCCUUGCCUUCGUUGGCCUGACUGUCGCUGUGCCCACUCCCUCGAGCAACCCCGACAUCGAGGCGACCGAGGCUCCCUGCCACCCGACACCCGUUGGCACGUACACCGCAACCCGCCUCAUCCACACCUUGGUGCCAACGUCACCGUACUUGAUCGAGCAGACAACGCUGGUGGAGUGGACGCAGUCGUGA